AAAUUCAUUUCGAUUUAUUUUUCGUUUUGCAGUUUGUGGGGUUAGUUUUACGCAAUUUUUGAUCUAUCUUUGUGGGAGAGGCCGAAGGAGCAAAAUAAAUUGUGAAAUCCUUCAAAUUGUAUGUGAACAUAUUGUAGAAAUCCAAUAAAAAACCAUAUAAUUAUGUCGGGCUACGUAGGAUUGCGUGCAGUUACUGCAUUUGGACAAGCUUUGGUCAGACGAAACAUCAUCAAUAAAUUGGUUUUCAGUAGCAGGAAUUUCACAUGUGAUUUCUGUCGUGUUGUUCCUUCGAUUUCAACGGAGUGUUCAGGACCCUUAUUUAAUCAAUCGUUUCGUAAAUUUGCAUCAGAAAAAAAGGUCUUCGAGCGUUCUAAGCCCCAUUGCAACGUAGGUACAAUUGGACAUGUUGAUCAUGGCAAAACAACACUUACCGCAGCCAUAACCAAAGUUCUAUCUGACCGAAAAUUAGCUGAGAGCAAAAAAUAUAAUGAAAUUGACAAUGCUCCGGAAGAGAAGGCUCGUGGUAUUACUAUCAAUGUGGCCCACGUUGAAUAUCAAACUGAAACCCGUCAUUACGGUCACACAGAUUGCCCUGGGCACGCUGAUUACAUAAAGAAUAUGAUUACUGGAACAGCUCAAAUGGACGGAGCUAUCUUGGUUGUGGCAGCUACCGAUGGUGCUAUGCCCCAGACACGAGAACAUUUGUUGUUAGCUAAGCAGAUUGGUAUCAGCCACAUUGUAGUUUUCAUAAAUAAGGUUGACGCAGCAGAUCAAGAAAUGGUUGACUUGGUAGAGAUGGAAAUUCGCGAACUAAUGACAGAAAUGGGUUACGACGGGGACAAUGUUCCUGUGGUGAAGGGUUCUGCAUUGUGUGCAUUGGAUGACAAGAGUCCAGAAAUCGGCUCAGAAGCAAUUUUACAAUUACUGAAGGAGGUGGACACUUUCAUUCCUACACCAGUUCGUGAAUUAGACAAACCGUUUUUGUUGCCUGUGGAGAAUGUUUACAGUAUUCCCGGUCGUGGAACUGUCGUAACUGGACGCCUGGAGCGUGGGGUGGUAAAAAAGGGAAACGAAUGUGAAUUCGUUGGCUACAACAAAGUUAUUAAGUCUACAGUCACUGGUGUUGAGAUGUUCCAUCAGAUUCUGGAUGAAGCUCAAGCAGGAGAUCAAUUGGGAGCUCUUGUUCGUGGUCUGAAGCGUGAUGAUAUAAAGCGUGGAAUGGUAAUGUGCAAACCGGGAUCUGUGAAGGCUCUAGAUCAAAUCGAAGCGCAGGUUUACAUAUUGAACAAGGAUGAAGGUGGUCGAACAAAACCAUUUAUGAGCUUCAUACAACUUCAGAUGUUCUCGCGAACUUGGGAUUGCGCUGUACAAGUGCAAAUACCUGAUAAAGAAAUGGUAAUGCCUGGUGAAGAUACCAAAUUGAUUCUAAGACUCAUUCGUCCAAUGGUUUUGGAGCAAGGCCAACGGUUUACAUUACGUGAUGGAAAUUUGACUCUAGGAACUGGUGUUGUAACUAAGGUUUUACCUAUUCUUUCUCCAACCGAACGAAUGGAAUUAACUGAAGGAAAGAAAGCACGCGAAAAGAAGCAAGCUGUCAAAAAAUAGGAGGCUUAAAGUUUAGAAUAGAUAUUAUUUUGUAUUUUUAGUUCUUAUUUGCAUAUGUUAUUUCGAUAAAAAAGGUUCAUUGAAACUAUAAUAAAUUUAAAUAAAAUACUUA